CAUAAGCACCUUCCCUAAUUUUCACCCAACUUUCUAUACCUUAAUUUCUACUUAUAAAACUUCUCUUCCAACUUUUACAACCCACAAAAUGGAAACUCUUCUUCCUUCACCAUCAAAAACUUUGAGUACUCAUCUUUAACAUCAAUCAAAAACCCUAGCUAGGGGCUUAAAUUAAGAAUAUGGGAAGGGGGAAGAUUGUGAUAAGAAGGAUCGACAAUUGUACAAGUAGGCAAGUGACUUUCUCAAAGAGGAGAAAAGGAUUGAUCAAGAAAGCUAAAGAGUUAGCAAUCUUAUGUGAUGCACAAGUUGGACUUUUUAUAUUCUCCAGCACUGGAAAGCUUUAUGAAUAUGCAAAUACCAGCAUGAAAUCAGUGAUUGAGAGAUAUAACAGUUGCAAGGAAGAUCAACAAGUGACAAAUCCAGAUUCUGAACUCAAGUUUUGGCAAAGGGAAGCAGACAUUUUAAGGCAACAACUACAGGCUCUACAAGAAAAUCAUCAGCAAAUGAUGGGAGAACAGCUUUACGGUUUGAGUAUCCGAAGCCUACAAGAUUUAGAGAGUCAACUGGAACUGAGUCUCCAAGGAGUUCGCAUGAAAAAGGAGAAAAUUCUGACAGACGAAAUCCAAGAGCUGAACCGAAAGGGAAGCCUAAUCCAUCAAGAAAAUGUGGAACUCUAUAAGAAGGUAAGCCUCAUUCAACAAGAAAACACACAACUACACAAAAAGGUCUAUGGGACAUCAGAUACGGCAGCAACCGCAACAAGCAAAAACGCAUUUGGUCAAUUUCCGUAUGGUGUUUUCGAAGGAGGAGAUUGUCCACAAACAUUAUUUAACCUUCAGUUAUGUCUACCUGAGCAAGAACAGUACUGUGAAACCUCAGGCAGUGGAAGUGCAACAAAAUGAAAGUGUCAAGACUAAAGUCUAAUGAGAUUUUAGUAAUAAAUUUGGAAAAUAAUGAUGAUAUAAUUAAUAUUGCUAUGUUAUGUUAUGCUAUGCAACACAAUAAUCAUAUCUAGUGAAGUGAAAAUAGUGUUUUGUUGAUUAAUACAGAGAAUCCACCAUAGCAGAGAAGAAUCCACAGGAUUCCAAAUUUUGUGAAAUUGGAUUACUUUGAUUAUGAAUCUAUGAUAAACGCUACAUUGACAUGUAAA